UGGGUAGCUGGAGGUUAUGACCUGGAAUAUGGAAUCAAGAAUGCAGACCACUUUGGGUUCAUCUGUCGAGAGUUGAAUGUGGAGUCGUACAUUGGAUAUGUAUUCAAGUGCCAGUCAGAAUCUGUAGCUGAUGAUUUGGUAGCAGAGAUACUUGCUGCCUCCAUCAUUAUUGUGCUGAUGACUUCUACCAGACUACACAGCAAGCAUUAUUUGUUUGCUGUAAGUUCCAGUGACUCGUCCACUUUCUGCUUGCGACAACAGAAGGAUGACCUAAAAGUUGUCCUGGAAGAAAGGGAUCUAGAAGUGAUCGGAGCUCCCAUCAUCAAAUAUGGUGACAGUACUGUCAUUGUGCAGCACUCAGAAUCAGGGCUGUGGCUCUCGUACAAGCAACGUGAGAAGCUGCCAGUGCUAUCCUGUGAACACUGUCCAAAGGUGUGGUACCACAAGCUCUGUGCCGAAGCAGAAGGUUUGAAUGACAAGCGCACACAAGCCGCCAUCUUCCGUCGCCUGGAUUUGUUACCAGAAGAAGAGCAGUCUGUGAUAUUAACUAAAUUCCGAGGAGUAGAGACCUCAAGUCUCCGUGAGCAGAAUGAGUUUCUCAUGAUGCUGCUAAGAGCACACUAUGAAGGAAAGCAAGCUCGCCACACUCACGAGUUCCUUAAUCAGUACCUGGGAGGGAGUACCAUCUUCAUGAAGGCCAAACGUUCUCAGCUGCUGAAGCGCAAGGGCUCACGAGAUGAUUUUGGACCAGUUGUGAAGGAAUUGAGUCUGCCAAUGAAUGCUGCACUGUGUAAGGAUCCCCCAUCCUCUUCAGGGCACGCUAGCCCAACUACCCGUUCAUCACCAGCUCCAACACUGGAAGUACCUGAGAACAACAUAACAGACAGUGGUACCAGUGGUCUGCGACCGCGUUCUUCUACAGUGGGCACUGCAGAAGGCGAGACAUUGAAACGGGAACUGCAAGAAAAGCAGUCGAAUUGCAGCCUUUCUGCCAGCAACUCCCAGCAACAGUUGAAUUCCGUCACUCCUCCCAAUGGACAGCAGAAGACCAGUCCCAUGAUGAAUAUAUUACUUUUACACCAAGCAUUGAAACAAAACAUUGAUUUUGUGAACAGAUUCCUGAAAGUUGGUCACACCUCAAAGACAUCACCAACACAGGAGCUGAAUCAGGAUGUGGAUCCCCCAUCCUCUUCAGGGCACGCUAGCCCAACUACCCGUUCAUCACCAGCUCCAACACUGGAAGUACCUGAGAACAACAUAACAGACAGUGGUACCAGUGGUCUGCGACCGCGUUCUUCUACAGUGGGCGCUGCAGAAGGCGAGACAAUGAAACGGGAACUACAAGAAAAGCAGUCAAAUGGCAGCCUUUCUGCCAGCAACUCCCAGCAACAGUUGAAUUCCGUCACUCCUCCCAAUGGACAGCAGAAGACCAGUCCCAUGAUGAAUAUCAAGAGGGCUUCUAUAAACCAUGCACAAGACCAGAAGCUGGGGGUCACUAUUAAAAAUGGUUGUGCCAAGUGGACACCCAAUUCCAUAGUUGAUACCCUAACCAACAUCAGUCUGCAGGUGAAGCCAGGCAAGUUCUGCGCUGUUAUAGGGCCUGUUGGCUCUGGAAAGUCUGUUGUGAUUCUCUCAUCCGUUUGUUGUGUUCAAGCAGAGAGGGGCCUGGGGUUAAUCAGUAUAAAGCAGCACCCACUGAAGCGAGACAGAGAAGAACUGCGUGCUCUGUGGAAAAAAGCUAUCAACCAGCAACUGCUGCUUAUACGGAUGGAGAAGGAGAAUGCGAGGCUGCGAGCCCGACAGGAGGAAGCGACAGUGAAGCGCAUCAAGUUGGAAUAUGAUGAGAUAGGUUCAUGUGUGCGAGAAGUAAUGGAGGUGUGGGAUCUCUUGGUGAGCAAGGAGAGUCGCGUCUCAACUCAGUGUGACUCCAAAAUGCUGCUCCAAGCCAUCAGGCAAGGAGUUCCACGCAGCAAGCGUGGGGAUGUUUGGCACUUCCUGGCAGAGCAGUACUGUCUGAAAGUUGCUCCAAUAGAUACAAGCAAGUUCCCUAACUAUCACGUCCCGUACGAGAACCUGCUACGACAACUCACCUCCCAUCAGCAUGCCAUCCUUAUAGACUUAGGUCGUACUUUUCCCAACCACACGUACUUCUCAUCUCCACUGGGACCUGGACAACUAGCUCUCUUCAACCUGCUGAAGGCGUACUCGCUACUGGAUCCUGAGGUUGGGUACUGCCAGGGACUGAGCUUUGUAGCUGGAGUACUGCUCUUACACAUGUCUGAAGAAUCGGCCUUCUUCUUGCUUCGUCAUCUGAUGUUCCGACGAGGUUUACGACGUCAGUACCUCCCUGACAUGGCAGCACUGCAGGUGCAGUUGUACCAGCUGUCACGUCUCCUACAUGACCAGCACCUUGAACUGUAUGUCCACUUUGACAAACAUGAAGUGGCCCCCACCCUGUAUGCAGCUCCAUGGAUACUGACUCUGUUUGCCUCACAGUUCCCACUUGGCUUUGUUACCAGGGUUUUUGAUCUGUUGUUUCUAGAGAACGCAGAAGUUGUGUUCCGAGUGGCGCUAGCUCUGCUGGGGGAACACAAGGAUGGACUUUUGGCAUGUGACAGCUUUGAGGAGAUCAUGGAGUACCUUAAAAAUGUAGUACCAACAGUAGACAAGAAAAUACUGGAUAAAGUGAUGAAACAGGUUUUCACAAUGGAUGUGAGCAAACAGCUGCAUGAAUAUGAGGUGGAGUACCACGUGCUACAGGAGGAAAUGUCAUCUCCGCGCCCGGAAGAGAUGGAGGCAUUGCGCAAGGCAGAGGCUACCAAUAGAACACUCCUGCAGCAGAAUCAAGCACUUGUUGAGCAACUUGAGAUUGCCACAAGUAACGUCCAACAAUUAGAGACAAGUCGGGCGCACCAGCAAGCAUUACUGGCACGGUUAGAAUCUCAAGUGCGCAGCCUUGAGGUCAGUGUGGCCACAAUGGGGCAUUUCAUAGCAUCCCUGGCUGAAACUAACUCCAGCAUUGAAAUACCAGGCGAGAUCCGUCGUGUCGUUGCCCAGCUUUCCGUGGCCGAAUGCAGACGCAACAGUGCUGGCCAGAGCCUGCUCAAAAGCCUGAAACAUGAUACCCCACUUCAGAGAGCCAAAACCUUUACAAUAAGUGAAGAUACAUAUUCUUCUCGAUCCAAAAUUGCAAAUAUGAGAACAAAUUCAGGUGGCAGUGAAAUAUAUACAAAACCCAAGGGAGAAGAAGAAAAACGUAGAGAAAUGCCAUCUCCCCUCAAGUCAACUCUCAGCUCACCAAAUCUAACAACAAAACUAUCUGGAAUGUCAUCAUUUUUCGCUAAUACUCAUAAUCAAAUUAAGCAGCAAAGGUUAAAUGUUAUAAACAGCUUAACUGAAGUGACGGAUAAUGGAACUGUUGUAACUGAAAAGAAAAUCCCAGCAAACUCUACAAGUAUUGAAAGUGCUUCGGUGGAGGUGGAUAUUACUAAGAACUCUCUACUUUCAGAUAUUGCAAAUUAUGAGAAGUCUAAUUCUGUUCCUCUGGCUGCUCCCCAUUCAAAACUGAAGACCUCUCAGAGUUCAUUUGAACUUAGAUCUGGUGGUACUAACAAUAAAAUUAUUGAAACCACUCAUUGUGACAGUGGAAAUGUUACACCAACGUCUUCAACAGUAGCCAAUCACAUCCAUCCACUUGAUACAUGCUCUGAUGUCCAUUUCACAUAUGGAGGUACAACCAAGCUGAAAACAAUCCGUCCUCUUCGAGCUCAGCUAUCUCGUAACUCCAGCGUUGACAGCAUACAAAUGUUCAAGCCAAUGGGACCAGCAGAAGAUGUAAACAGUUUUACAUCAAAGAUAGUUAAUAGUAAUAAUGAAACUUCAGCAGUAGCAGCUAUUGGUGAAACAAAGAAUAGCCUCGUUACAGGGUAAUAAUUUGAAAUUUAAUUGCUAUGAAGGCAACUAAAUACAAAUAUGAUACACGGAAAAUUAUUGUAGAAAGAGGAAUAUUAGACAUUCAUGUAUCAUAUUAUCCUAUAUAGUUACUUAACAAAUUUUAGUAUUAGAAGAGAUUGUAUUAAGUGGAGCCAUAUCAAGUACUUUCUGUUGAUACUUAAAUUGUCCUGUCUGUUCUUAUUGAGCAUUUGUUCUCUUAUGCUUCCUUGAAUUACUUGUGGUACAGCAGAAAGUGAGAUUUCUUCACUAAUUAAAGUCAUAUUCUAAACUCUUAAUAGGAAAAUUUAGUUUGGUUUGUGCAUGUAAACAAUAUGUUUCAUAAAGAAUAUUGCAGAGAAAGUAACUUGAAGAAAAUAUGUUUUUCUUCUCUCAUCUUAUUGCCUGUGCAGAAUCACUGAUAUUACUUUUAAUCAUAGUGUAAUGAUUGCAAUGUGAUUGAGGGCUUCUAAAGACUGUAUACCUUAAUCUGGCUUUGUCUUAUGAUUGUGUCAGUUUUAGCUGAUUUUAAAUAUCAUCAUCAUGAAUUGCAAGGUUUAAAGAAUCAGUCUUGUCUGAUUCAUAGAUGAUCAGAACAUUUUCUUCAAAGCCAUCCUGAGUCUCUCCAUUUUAUUGUUUUAUAUGAAUAAAGUUGUUUAUGUAUUUUUGUAUAAGAUGUUCGCGUCAGAUCGUUCUGUGCUCUCUGAUAUAUGUUCAACUCAUAUAAUUGCACUUUCUCUUGUAUAUCUGAGUUUCUGUUUUGGUCCUUGCCAAUGUGCAUGUAAGUUGUUUUUUUUUAAAACAUUUCAUUUCUGGUACCUUGUAUUUCAUUUUGUAUUCAUGUAGUAAAAAUCCAUAUUUUAUAGACUGGAGCUUCGAUGUUGAUGUUCUUACAGCAGCAAGUAUAAAAAUGGCUGUCUUCUGGGAUGUUGCCCCAUUUAGUGUGAUUGACACCUGAAUUCAUCAACAUUUCAUCUCUCACUUUGUAUAGAAGUAAAUCAUGCUUAAGUCAACUGAAACUAACUCGGCCACAUCUUGCCUCAUACUCAUUUGCAAGGUUGAUAUUUUGUUAGUGUAUAUCAAUUUAUAAAUUUAGGUCACAGAAGAAUUAAAAUUUAUGUCUAUCGGUGAUCAGUAAAUGCAAGUAGAAUCUACUAGACGUAACACAGAAAUCACUUAUUGUCUUCUUCAGAGAAUUCUUUCACAAAAAUUAAGUGAAAACUGAAAAUUAAGAUUACCAUUUGACUGUCCACUGGCCUUUUAUAAAUAUAGUUAUAGCAACUGGCAGAGUGCAUUUUACAAGCUCUGUCUCGGACAAAGAGAACAAAUGUUCCAAUGGUGAACUUCAAAACAAAAAGACAUGACAAGUGGCAUGUUUAUAAAAAAUAGCAAAUUUCAUGCUGCAGCUUAAAAAUUUUCAAUACAGUAUUUGUACUUGUAAUUAUUUGACAUCGUAUUUCAUCAGGUACUACUCUUGUUAAUGACAAAUUUCUGAAACCCUUAAAUUGCAAAAGGAAGCAUGCUCGGUGUGUUAGGUAACUUAAUACUCACUUGCAAUGUAUAGUUUUGAUAUCCAUGUUCAAAUUAGGCUUGUGAUAAUGUUAAUUGAGAAAACAAAAUUUUCUAUUGUAUGUUUAAUUCUCAGGAUGAAUGUUUGAUAGUGUGUCAGUAUUUUUGCACGGUUUGUCCUCAUUAUGUACAAACAGGAUGAACUUGUUUGAAUGCAUUUCAUAUUAAAGAGAGUUCCAAGUGA